AUGUGCGGCCCUCCCCGCCCCAGCAGCGGCAAUCGCAUCGCCAUCAUGCACAGCACCAACAACAAAAAGACCAGCCAAUACGCCAUCUGCUUCCACGACCGGACGGCGACAGACGCAGGCACGCGCGCCUUUGUUCGCUUCAGCGACGCAGGCCAGUGUCAGCGGCUGCGUGGGAGGGGUGUUAACUUGCGGAUUGAAAAACACGGCGACUUGACAACCUCCGCUCAGCACCACCCUCUACAUGCGUUUCAGCUACCACACGGAUGGGACGAGCGCGAGUUCGAGCUGCCGGAGCGGUUGGAUCUGGGGGUGUCGGAGAGGGGCAUUGUUGGGCGCAGGGUGACUGUUACUGUGGAUGGGGUGGAUGGGUGGGUGGAUAUGGGGGUUGUGGGGUAUGAUUGA